GUAUUGUGAGAAGUACAAAGUUUCCUUAACUUGCAAAUUCAUUUCAUUACACAAAGGGAGAAACCUUGAUGUAUAUACAUACAUACCAGAGAUGCCUGCUCAUCUCUGUACAUACAUACGUGAAAAACGGCACAAACUCUUGUUCUUGUGGAAAAUAGUGAAACAUAAUAAAUGUAUUUUCCCGGUAAAAGCCAACUGAGGGUCUAUUACGUAAAGCAAAUUGAGCGAAAAUGUGAAAAAUGAGUAGCACACGAUUUACGGAACUUUUCUAGUGGUGAAAAUGCGAGACCAUUCAUAUGAACUGGCUCAAAAAUAUGUGUUUCAGUACCCAGUAAGCGAGCCAGGUGAUCAUCGAGUUUAUGUGUGGGGCCUUGCAGAGCACGGUGCACUUGGGUCGACGUCAAGGGUUUUAAGGGAGAAUAAUAUAGCUUAUAUAGCAAAACCAAGUAGAUUGUACUUUGGAGAAUAUCAUAAAGUCACCGAUAUCGCUUGUGGUUACGGCUUCACUGCUUUUGCAGUGAAAUCAAAGGACAAGAAUGUUCUUUAUGGCAGUGGCAUUAAUACCGACUCUCAAUUGGGAUUUGACGAAAGUGAUAAGAAAUUUAAAGAAGACAUUAUACCUGCACCAAGACCUAUACAGUUACCUCUUAAACAAGAUACUACCGAUGUUCUUGGAAUAGCUGCAGGCCGGGCGCACCUGUUAGUUUUAACUAAAGAAGGAGUGUUUACUUUGGGUAACAAUGGAUACGGCCAAUGCGGCAGAGAAAUUAUUCCAGAUGAAAAAUAUUCAAAGAGUUUAGUGGUUCAUUAUAUUCCUAAUGUCAAAGGGGAAUGUAUCACGGGAGUAAUGGCUGGUCAGGAUCACAGUAUACUGCUGACGGAAUCUGGCCAUGUUUAUACAUUCGGUUGGGGAGCAGAUGGGCAAACUGGGCUCGCUCAUUAUCGGAAUGAGUAUCAACCAACAUUAGUUAAAGGAGACUUAGCUGGUCAACGUAUCACAAAAGUGGCUUGUGCAGCUGAUUGCGUAUUAGCUCUUAGUGAUAAAGGUAAAGUUUUUGGAUGGGGUAAUUCCGAAUAUGGACAAUUCCCGAUUAAAAGCGAUAAUCAUCAGAUAAAUAUUGCUACCGAGCUGGACAUCUUUCAAGGUUUUGGACGCAUUGUGGAUAUUGCUGCAGGGGGCAGUUUUUGUAUGGUACUAGACGAUACAGGGAAAGUAUACGUAUGGGGUUAUGGAAUUCUAGGACUUGGCCCUGAAGUACAAAGUAUCCUGAAACCUACACAAAUUCCAUCCCCUCUUUUCGGUGUAAACGAGUAUGAGCAAAAUAUUAGGGUUACAAGCAUAUACUGUGGCACCAGUCAACUAGCAGCAGUAACAAAUUCAGGAGACCUCUACAUGUGGGGACUUAAUAAAUUUGGAUCUCUUGGACUUGGACAUCGAAACAAUCAAUACUUCCCUCUAAAAGUCUCUGUUGGUGCACAGGUGGUGAAGGUGGCCUGCGGUGUCGAUCACACGGUGUCACUUUGCAAACCUUACGUUUAAAGAGAGCUACAGGUAAUUGCUUAUUGAAACACUAUUUGUAUAGAAAAUAUGUAAAAAGAACUGCUCAACUGCAUAAGCGGCAGCUGACUAUAUUAUUAAUUGUUAUACUUUUUAUAAAUUACGAAUUAUGUGUUCUGUCAAUAGCAUCAUAGAUAUUGAAAUAAACUCUUCCAGAACACAGUUA